AUGUCAGCUACAUUUAAUGAUAUUUCAUUUAGACAUUUAUUUUUUUUAGCAUCAUUAGGAAUAUGUUUAGCAAUAAUAGUAGCAGUUAUGAUUGGAUUCUUUUUAUAUGGAUUUAUUAAAUAUGUAAAGAGAGGAUUAUCAAAAAAAGAUGGUGCUAGAUAUGGUGGAUAUUUAGCAUGGGAAGUAUUUUGGGUGGGUACUCCAUUAUUUGUAUUAAUGGCAUCAGCAUUCAAUCAAAUUCAUUGGGCAUUGGCAUGGGUAUUAAUGGUAAUCAUUUUACAAUCUGGUUUUAUGAAUAUAAUGAAACGUUCACCAGAUUAUAAAAAUGAUUUAAAAUUUAAAGGUAAAAUUGAUAAUUAUUUCCGUUCAUUAAUUAAUGGUUUAUCAAAAUUUGGUAAAAGAAAUUCAAUUUUAGUUUUCAUUGCUUUUGUAAUUGGUUCUUUUAUUUCAAGUUUUAUGAUGUAUGACUUAUGUAUUGGUAUUCAUCCAUUUAGAGUAUCAAGUAGAUAUUCUAGAAAAUCACUUGGUGAAAGUUGUCCAAGUGGUGAAAUUUGUAAUUUUAUAUUAACAGUACCAGAGAAUUUAUCAAAUUCAAUUAUUGUAGGAUGGCAUUCAAAUGAUGAACCAAUUGGUUCAUUCGCAUAUUAUGAUACAACAAGUCAUAGUGAUUAUUUUAAAGAUGGUUUAGUGAUGAAGAUCGAAAACUUUAAAAAUUUAUAUGGUUUUAGUGUGAAUGGUACAUAUUUUGAAAUGGAUAAUAUUAGACAAGAGGAACAAAGAUAUGUUAGUUGGGCAGAUAUAACUGGUUUAACACCAUCAACUGUUUAUUAUAUAGUGGUUGGUAUUGAGAAAUCUGAUGGUGAAUUAAUAUUUUAUCCAGAACGUAAAUUUAGAACUGCACCAUCAGAUGGUACACCAUACAAUUUCAUAACAGGUGGUGAUAUGGGUAUGACAGGUACAGGUGAAUCAUUAUCAAUUAACGCAGCAAUGGUUGAACCUUUGUUUGUGAUGUUGGGUGGCGAUGUCGCAUAUGACAGUGGAUUCGAUAGCUGUUAUCGUUGUUGGGAUGAAUGGUUCAAUCGUUGGGAUACAACUUUUAUCACUCCAUUAGGAUUCUCAUUACCAAUCAUUACAACCAUUGGUAAUCAUGAAGCUGGAGGAUGGAAAUCUUCAAGAGGCUCAGUUCAAUUCUAUACAAGUUAUUUACCAUUCCAAUUGGGUUUACAAAAUAUUGCACCCAAUGACAGACCUUUACAACAUUCUCAUACGAUUGGUAAUGAAACCAUUAUCAUCGUUAUGGAUAGUUGGGUAGUUGAUCAAAUUCCUGAUCAAGUGUCUUGGAUGGAACAAGUAUUAUCAGAUAAUAAUAAUAAAACAUUUAAAUUUGCUCUAUAUCAUAUCGCCCUCUAUCCAUGCACUAAAAUUUCAAUGGAUGUUGAAAUCUCUUCUUUAGCAAAAGAAUUUUGGGGUCCAGUUUUUGAUAAAUAUAAUUUAACUGUUGGUUAUGAAAAUCAUUAUCAUUUAUAUAAACGUUCAAAACAAUUAGUUAAUGGCUUGGAACAUCCAAAUGGUACAUUAUAUAUUGGUGAUGGAUCAUGGGGUGUUGAAACUACAAUGAAAUUAAGAGAUUAUGAUUAUUUAGAAGUUUAUGGUCGUAUUCAACAUGUUAUUCAUUCAAUGGUAAAUUCUCACAAUUCAACUGUUAAUAUCGAAACAAUAAACAUUGAUAAUGAGAUUUUCGAUUCUUGGGAAAGAAAAUUAAAAUAA